CUUUAUAAUUCACAUUUGGCAACUAUAACUCAUUGUUUCGUCACGCCGUCUGGUCCAAUAAGAUUCGUCCCGCCUCCCCGCCCUUGGGUGCCCCCUGGCGGCGGCCGGGCGAACUAAAGGAGGACGAUUCCUCUCCACCAAGUAGCCGUAUGUGUGGCAUCGACACUUACAACUUGUCAAUCGCGUUGCUUCGUUCGUCUUUCCCAAUCAACAGAACUUAGAAGUGUGUGGUGAGAGACGAAUUGCCUCCGACUCUGUUUUUUCCUCUGUUUAUUUUUUUCUUCCGCCCCCUUCUCUUCACGCCAUUAACUAGUUUUGGGGGUGAGGAGAACCCCUCCCAUCCCAUCAUGUUGUAUAAUGUGCCGUAUUAUAAUUAUUCACCGAUUCCUCCUUAUCUUCAGGUAAAAAGAUCAAGACACGAAGCAGAUCAGGAAACGAAUCAGACAACACCAAUCACAUCUCAAGAAAAUCAACCAUCCAACAUCCCUAGUCCCGAUAACCAAGUGAACAGUGGACAAACGUCUCCUCACUCUUUAACAUCGGAUUCGCCUACACUACCUCCUAAUCUGGCUCCAAAUGGUGUCCUAGGAUCGAUGGCGACACCGGGUGAUUCUCCCUCCUACAGCAGCUCAUCUGCGUGGGGGGCGUGCCAUUCAGAUUCAUCAGUUAAAGUCGAGCACCUGACAGAGAACAGCCACAUGGAUUCGGGUUAUCCCACCACGGAACAGUUAACUAAUUACUCUGGUGAUUUAAGCCCAGGAAAAGCAACAAUAGACUUUCAAAACUCGUAUUCCACAUCUUACUACAGCAGUCCCAUGCAGGCUUAUCCACAGUUAGGUUCUCAAAGUCCCGCUUACUCCAUGCAAACGGGGGCAGGUUUCUACAAUUCCCAAGUAAGCCAGGCGGCAGCUUAUGGAGUCCUAUCACAAUCGUACAACGUCACAGCAGGGCCUCGAAGCAUCAGCCAGCAAAACAAAACCGGAACUAAUACCCCUUUAUCCCAGACAGCCUAUCUAAAUCCUUACGGUACUGCAUUUGGUACUGGAAGCAGUAGCCAGACCGGCCAAGGAUCCUAUUCAUACGGUAGUACUUAUCCAGCUUCCGGUUUAACAUCGAGUGCAGGCAACUCCCAAGGAUUCGCUCCUCAACAGGGCAUCGAAUACAGUUCGUAUACGGGGUAUAGUCAAACUGGUUACCCUUAUUAUGCAAGCCAAGGUUACGGAGCCUACGUGCCCACCGCUAAUAAUGCAUCCACGUUGGGUCUCGCCUCCUCGCCAACGUCCGCAACUUACCAACUAGCUCAACUCCCGCCUUGUUCCACAUCAGACGUACCCCAAUACGGGAUCGAAACUAAUCCUUCUUCUCCUAUUAAACCCGAUACAGCGAAUGGGACGACCAAAAAAGGUAGCAGUAAGUGCGGAAAAAGCCGGGGUAGAAGACAGAAUAAUCCAUCUCCCGAUCCAGAAAAUAAUUUGGAACGAGUUUUCAUCUGGGAUUUAGAUGAAACAAUCAUUAUCUUCCAUUCCCUCCUGACAGGUUCUUACGCUACUCGAUACGGAAAGGAUGCUCCAGCAUCCGUUUCACUAGGUUUAAGAAUGGAGGAGAUGAUCUUUAAUCUGGCAGACACGCAUUUCUUCUUCAACGAUCUUGAGGUCGGCCAUUUUGAGUGCGACCAAGUACACAUCGAUGACGUAUCUUCUGACGACAACGGACAGGACCUCAGUUGGUGGGACUAUUUUUGUAGCAGUUACAAUUUCCAAGCGGAUGGAUUUCACGCAGCAGCCAGUAACGCAAGCCUAUGCCUGGCCACAGGAGUAAGAGGAGGAGUGGAUUGGAUGAGGAAGCUGGCUUUCAGAUACAGAAGAAUCAAGGAAAUAUAUAAUCAGUAUCGUAACAACGUCGGAGGUCUACUGGGACCGGCCAAAAGAGAACAGUGGCUCCAUCUGCGUUCAGAAAUUGAAACUUUGACGGAUAGCUGGUUGACAUUAGCUUUGAAGUGUUUGUCCAUCAUUCAUUCCAGGUCGAACUGUGUUAGUGUACUAGUAACGACGACCCAAUUGGUCCCUGCGCUAGCUAAAGUACUACUUUACGGUCUAGGAGGGGUCUUUCCAAUCGAAAAUAUGUACAGCGCAACUAAAAUAGGUAAAGAAAGCUGUUUCGAGCGGAUAAUUUCAAGAUUUGGUAGGAAAUGUACCUAUGUAGUCGUUGGAGAUGGAAGGGAUGAAGAGACGGCUGCUAAACAGCUGAACUUUCCAUUUUGGCGCAUCAGUGGUCAUUCCGAUUUAGCUGCUCUCCAUCACGCCCUGGACUUGGGACAUCUUUGAUUUCGACUCCGCAGCAAGAUCCGUACUUGAUGAAGUCCGGCCUCCAUGAAAUGAAGAAAAAAUAACGAUUUAAAAGAAAAAAAUGGACUCCAUUCCAUUAGAAGACAUAAAAAAAAAUAAAACAAGAAAAAUGGUAUUUUCCGCUUGAGAUCUAUGGCCCGCGUGUGGUUUAUACGAAGCGAAAAUACAAACCUGGUAUCGAGAAAGAUGGAGAUCAUCACCCGUUGGGAUUAAUGAAGAAAUAUGUCGAACGAUAUUUGAUUUCAUGUUGUACAUAGUUCCGGAUCUGGAGGAUCCGUACUUUGCCUAUAAAACAAAAUAAAAAAAAACCAAUAAAAAAUUAAGAAAAAAUCUCCUUAUCCUAAAUUCGAGAUCCCUAAAAUGGAUUUUUUUUUUGUUCUCUCUCUCUCGCUCUUUUUCUCUAAACUCUGACUCUCUCUCUCUCUCUCUCUCUCUCGCUCUCACACACACUCUCUUCUAUUCUCUCUUCCUGUUCUUCCCUGUUUGAAAAGAAUUGUAAAUCAAUGUAUUUUUAUUUUCUGACGGAAAUAAAUUGCAAUUAUCAAA